AUGCAAUUGCAAACGACAACAGCUUUACCCACCCCACGCGAACCUGUUCAUGUCGUAAACACGCCAAGAGAACCCGUUUUCCCGGCAGAUAGUCAUCGAACAUCGACGUUCGCAGCAAUGUCGCGUCUUCCUGCCUCGGUAGCACCGUUAUGGCCCUGGCCGGGUAAGGCAAUCAACGCGAGACCCGAGCCGUCUAUUUCAACGGUAGAUGGUUGUGCGGAGCUGCCGACUGAUUCCGUGUCAUGUGCGACAAGACCUACGCGACAUCCUGAAUGCAGCCGGUUUGUGUGUCCCGAAGUGCACUGUGGCAAGCGCUUUCCACGCUCAUUCGCACUGCGGCGUCAUAUGCGCAUCCACACAGGGACGAGGCCCUAUGUUUGCGACUAUUACGGCUGCACGCAGCGGUUUAAUACAUCUGGGAACCUCAGCCGCCACAAGCGCAUCCACAGCGGCGAACGUCCGUAUCCCUGCAGCGUUGAGACGUGUAACAAGCGCUUCAACACGAGUACGAAACUCAAGCGGCAUAUGCGCGUCCAUUAUCCGGACGAACAAAACCUCUUUCGGUGUGCAGAGCCUGCAUGUGCGUGGACCUGUGCCAAUUACAAAGAGUACGUCCAGCAUCAAAAUCUGCACGCAACUGGUCACGAAAAGUGUACCGACGCUUCGAACGAGUCAAUGACGAUUGACGACAGUAAUCGAUCGGACACUGUCAACUCCGAGAAGGAAACAUUGGCGUGUGCCGCUUCUGCCGCGCCCAUGGAUGUGAUGCACUCACGCUCUGAGCCCCAUCAUAUCGAAGUUCCGCUACAAAUGUCGCUUUCAGCUGAAAAGGAGGACUCUAGCCGGCAUGAUGGUGCUCACGAGAUCUUAAAUGUGGCCGCUACUAAUAGAUUGGCAGCGCAACGUAUGAUGCAUGAGAGUAUGCUACAUCAAGUUGAAGGCAGCGACUGUCGCCGAAUGAAAGACGCGUUCGUAUUACCGCACAAGUCGUUCAUGGAUGAUCUGGCGUCGCCUCAAGCGGCACUGUGUCUGCCUUUUCCCACCCAUUCCUUUCCAUCGGAGACCGACGGCGCGCCUCGCAGCACUUUGCUACGGCCAACUAUUUACGCUGCGCCGAUGGAAUCGUAUCGAUAUUGCAGCUCUGUGGCAUCAAGCAGGCAAAUCGAGAUAACAACGUCGAUUGACUGGAACUACGCCCCAGUGAGCUGCUACACUUCGAUCCAGGCACCGUGCUCGGCAUAUCUUCGAGGUGGUGGAACUAACGUGCGUGCGCGAUCGUACCAGCCAGCAUCAAGGACGUCGACGGCAAUCAUGUCUACGUCAGAUCAGCAGUACACGCAUCCAGUCAGGCAUGGAGACAUGGACCCAUGCGACUUCUCUUCGCCACAGGGCGGACGGCAGUUACCGCUGUAUAUACGCAUGCACUCGCAGGUGAUAGCUGGCUACAGAGGUAUUUCCAUGCCGCCUGAGUUUACGGGCGAGGAGCUUAGAGCUGUGCUCGAGUUGGUGAAGGAUUCGUGA